AUGGCCCUGCAUCUGCUGGCUUUGGAUGAUGGAACUGAGCCCGGUGACAGGAACCCUGUCCUAAGGAGAGGGGCCUGUCUGUCCUUUCUGUAUCUGUGCCACCUUCACAUCAGAGAAGUGCAGCAGCUCUGCUUAGGAAUUCUGAACUACUUCAAAUCCAUCGAGAGAAUGCUGACUAUCAACACUUUGGGGCUUGCCUUGGUUUCGGGGAACCCGGUCCCUGUGUGGAGGCCUGAUACCCUGCAGUAUGUUCAGGACCUGCUAGAACUUGAGGUAGCAGAGGUGGGAAAUGGGGCUGCAGAGAGGGCCAAACCAGGAAAAGCCAGACUCUCCUUAGGAGGUGGGGCGCAUUCCAAGCUCCUGGGCUUGGCUUUUGUCCUCCAGGCCCACAGCAUCCAGCUCUUGGAGUUCUCGGAAGUGGAGAACCAGGAUGACUACUACAGCACCGAAGGCUGUGUUCACACCCAAGACCAGCAAGCACACAUCAUGGAUGCAGAGACCUUGGGUCACAAAGAGGGCAGUGAGCCAAAGAGUGGCCAGGCCUGGGGAUGGGCCCAUGCAGGUAGGGACAGGUUUGCUGUGCUAUACGACAUGUAGCAAGCAGCCCUUCUGGAAAACAAGUGCCAGCUUCUUGACUGUUACUUAGAAGACUUCCAGCAUGCUUUGGACCCCGAGGAGUGGUUUGCCUUGGCACAGGUGAGGAUGGACAUCAUGUACUGGGGCCCGGGGUUUGACCUUGGCCACCCUUACUUCAUUAAGGCCUACCGAGGUGAAUGCACUUGUCUGAGGCUUCACCUGUAGCUAAUGUGGGCCGUCCUCAACCAGCAAGAGUAUGUCCAGAGGCUUUAGCGUGAGGAUCUUCUGGACAACAGUAAUACAUUCAGACUUCCCCUUAACAUAAUUUGCCAACAACCAAUUUUUUUUUUUUUUUUUGACCCAGCUGUGAAAAAUGUUUAUCCGCUAGAGUUCCACCCCUCCCUAGGUUUGGCAAUACUCAUCUCCAGAGCCCUGGAGCACCUCCUCCCUCAGCCCACAUCAGCCAGUAGCCUUACCUUGCUGGAAUGACGUGGCCUGCAGCUGGCCAUGGACCCAUGGCUCACCCCAGUUGAGCCUGAGGCCUGGUACAGCCCACAGCUCCAGAAAGAUCUAUUUUCAGCUAACAUGAUGGGAGAUCCUUCUCUCAUGGGGGAGACAGGCCUGUUCACACUCAGGUCUGCAGUUGACAAAGGACAGAAACAAGGCCGGUCCUCCGUGCUGCUCCUGGAGAUGUCUUCCAAACUUCUGGAACUCUUGACCCUCUGUCACCAGCUGACAGAAGCAAGCCUGGAGAGUGCACACCUAGCUCAGCUCUAUAAGGAACUGGCAAGGGAGAUGGGUUUUGAAGAGUUCCAUUUGUAUCUGAAGUCUGUUCACUUUGAAUUUGUAUCACACAAGGACACACCUCCAAUCUUCAUCACCUCUCUCCCGUUCCAUUCAGGAGUGGAAAAUAUGCAGGUGACUCUUGCAUGCCAAGCUGCUCAGAAAAAUGCUUGAAUGGUGGCUAUUCAGCAAGCAUAGUUCUAUUACACCCCUCAAAAGAGCUGUCCUGCUGAUGUCAAGGUCAACUUGCAUGAUAGAGAAGUCAAAGUCAUGUUACCACUACUGCCAGCUAAUGUUAGGCUGCCC